AUGUAUGCGGAUGAUACAAAUAUAACUACAACUGGAAAGUCGAUAAAGGAAACAGCAUCUGGAGCCAAUACAGAUCUUGAAAAUAUUCGCAUAUGGAUCAAACCAAAUAAACUUACCCUGAAUGUUACCAAAACGGAGUAUAUGUUCAUUGCGUCUGACAGUAAUCUUGACAAACUGCGGGACAUACCAUAUUUAGUUUUGGGUGGAAAACCCAUAAGAAGAGUUAAAGUAUCAAAAUCACUAGGGAUAUUUAUUGACGAAAGAUUGUCAUGGAGAGAUCAUAUUGAUAAAAUCUCUAAGACCAUAUGCUCCGGAAUUUCCGGUCUUCGGCAAGUGAGAGAGUUUGUUACCCUUUCAACAUUACUUACAAUAUAUAAUUCACUAAUUCAACCAAUAUUUGACUAUUGUGAUGUUGUUUUGGAUAACAUGUCAAUCACACUUGCUCAACGACUCCAAAAACUGCAAAAUCGUGCAGCAAGAGUUAUCACUUGUCAGGGUUAUGAAGUAAGAUCUAAUGAUAUUAGGAGUCAAUUGAAAUGGAAAACACUUUCCGAAAUAAGAAAUAGUCAUAAACUCAUAAUGAUGUAUAAAAUAUUAAAUAAUAUGGCUCCUGUUUACUUACGUGACCAUUUUAAAAUGUCUUUCACGGACAAAGCAUAUUCUCUUAGAAAUAGAUAACUCUGUCUAAUUUUGCGCAGAGCGCAAACAGAAUUCCUAAAGAAAAGUUUUGCCUUUUCUGGAGCAAAAGUUUGGAACGAACUACCAGAAGAAGUAAAAUGUAGCAAUGGUUUACAAAUCUUCAAAAAAUGUAUCUCAUCUCAUGCCUAAAAUUGUAUAUAGCUAUUUUUAACAUAAUGUCGGCCCUCUUGUAAUGCAGUGGUAUCACUGAAGAGUUCACCGAAUUUAAUUAAAUAAAGAUUUCUGUCUGUCUGUCUGUCUGUCUGUCUGUCUGUCUGUCUGUCUGUCUGUCUGUCUGUCUGUCUGUCUGUCUGUCUGUCUGUCUGUCUGUCUGUCUUGUCUGUCUGUCUGUUUGUAAGUCUAUCUGUCUAUCUGUCUGUCUGUCUGUCUGUCUGUCUGUCUGUCUGUCUGUCUGUCUGUCUGUCUGUCUGUCUGUCUGUCUGUCUGUCUGUCUGUCUGUCUGUCUAUACAACAACAUAAUUCAAUGGCUUUGUGCUAAUAAAUUGACGCUAAACGUCCUAAAAACAGAUUUUAUGCUGAUUGGCUCACGGCAAAAAUUAUCGGCGCUUGACGAUUCACUAGCAUUAUCGGCUGAUAAUGUGACAUUAGGUAAAAUUAGAUAAGUAAAGUGUUUAGGAGUCGAUAUUGACGAGAACAUAUAUAUAACAUGGGAAAUACAAAUCCAGAGCAUCCGUUUAAAGGUAUCCCGUAAUAUUGCAGCCCUUCGUAAAGUGAAGAAACUCUUUAGUCGGAAAAAUCCUGUGUCUCUGUAUAGAGCAUUAAUUGAACCGUAUUUUAUUUACUGUUCAAUUGUUUGGGACAACAUAAGCGAGAUAUUAGAUAAAUAAUUGCAAUUUCUUCAAAACAGAGCGGCGCGCAUAAUUACAGGAGCACCCUUAUUAAAACCAUCUUCGUUGAUUUUGGCGGAAUUAAACUGGAUGAAUAUAAAAGAAAUAAGACAAAAACAAAAAGCUAUUAUGAUGUAUAAAAUAGUACAUGCUCUUGCACCAGAAUAUUUAACGGAAAUGUUUACAUUUCAUAGUAGCUUAAAUGAUUAUAGCCUUCGUCAAUCCAAAUUAAAUUUCGAGCUUCCCGUAAAUCGAACAGAUUAUUAUAAUUCAAAUUUUGCUUUCACUGGAGCAAAGCAGUGGAAUUCUUUACCAGACGAACUUAAAACGAGCCUUCAUUAAAAAGGUUCACAAAAAGAUUAGAACAUCUGCUAUCUGUACCAACAUAGCUGACUCGUACCCAGUCCCUCAAAUGAGGAUUAAACAAAAUAAUGGUGCAUGAUGGGAAUGGUCAAGGGUAAAAUUUGAGGGACUGGCAGAACGCGUUCGAAAAGUUGUCAAUAUAAGUCAAAAACUUGCAUGACGUCAAAUAUACAUCAAAAUGGUAUCGAAUUACACGCAAACAGCAUGGCGGAGUUGACGAAGAGCAUUUUGAGGCAGUUUUAGGUUGUGUACACGAUGUUUCGGUUGUUGAAGAAGGUGGUUCUGGUGAGAUAGAGGCGUCUAAGACGGUGACGCCGAAAUGCAGUCGAAGGAGCCUCGAUUUUACGGGAAAACACGCGUUAACACCGGAAUCAAAGUCUAAAAAUCUUCCGAAUCCAAAGCGAUUUCAAAUUG